CUUUCUGUGACGUCACGAUUCAUUCAGUAACCCGACGCGUUGCGCUCCAUCAGUGGAGAUAGAAAAAAGAAAAAAAAACCAAGCCGCAUAUGCGAGGGAAUGAACGCAAACUUUGAGGGCUUUGGACGCGCGUACGACCGGUAACAUUUAACCAAUCAAUGAGCGAUUAAUGUUCCUGUAGAAUGACAGUCAGAUAGUAUGGAAAACCAUUAACAGAAGUUUUGCGAGCUUCGAGUAAACUCUGAUAAUUGUGAGGCUGGACAUGUCUGCAGAUGGUCAGAUCGUCUCCAAGUUUACUCUGGUACAGCUGGAGAAUGGAAAUCAUACCCACGAGUCAGUUAAACAGAGGCUGCUGGAUGGAUGUGUGCCUUUCUCUCAUCAGGUGGCCGGACAUAAAUGCGGGAUCAAUAACACUGGUGUUUUGAAGCAUCCUGAUGGAACAAUCCUGAAACAGCUCCAGUCUCCUCCGAGAGGCCCACGAGAAAUGCACUUCUACACACAGGUAUAUGCUAAAGACUGCACAGACACAAGGCUACUAGAGCUUCAGCAACAUCUCCCUAAGUUUUUUGGCACAUGGUCACCACGAGAGUCGCCACAUGAGCUGUAUCUGAAGCUGGAGGAUGUGACGAGGAGGUUCUUGCGGCCCUGCAUUAUGGAUGUGAAGAUCGGGAGGAAAAGCUACGAUCCAUUUGCAUCAAAAGAAAAGCGCCAAGAGCAGAUCAGCAAGUAUCCUCUAAUGGAAGAGAUCGGGUUCCUGUUACUGGGCAUGAGGGUAUACCUAAUCAAUUCAGACAGUUACAUUACGCAUGACCAGUUCUAUGGGCGCAGUCUGGGAAAGGACACCAUUAAAAAUGGCCUGAGCAGAUUCUUCCACAAUGGCCAAGAUUUACGACGAGGUGCGAUUUCCCUGAUCAUCUCUAAAAUCCGACGCAUCCUCCGCUGGUUUGAAACUCAGACUCAGCUGCAUUUCUACGCCAGUUCUCUGCUGCUGGUUUAUGAAGGCUCUCCUCACACACUCGACGGACAGAAACACAAGCAAACACAGCAUCGGCCGCAGAACAACUUCAGCUCCCAUCAGAGCCGCUCAACACACACACCGAACACUAACGGGACACUGGGAGGAGCAGGAGGAGAGGACGACGGGGAUGUUGGGGUGGAGGAUAAGAAGCAGUUUGGACAGGAGGAGGCAGUGGAGGUGAGGAUGAUUGAUUUCGCUCAUGUGUUUCCCAGUGACACUGCGGACCAGAGCUACAUGUAUGGCCUGAGGAACCUUCUUGCUGCUUUAGAACUCAUUUUGAAGGAAUGACAUCUGACCUGCUCGAAGACUACAGUCUAGCUCUCUCUCUCUCUCUCUCUCUCUCUCUCUCUCGAUUCAAUUCAGUUCACUUUAUUGGCUUGACAUACAGUUGUAGUCAGAAUUAUCAUCCCUCCUGAAUUAUUAGCCCCCCUG